CUGAUUAAAGUGCCGUUGACAGCUAAUCGUCUUGCUCAAAGUGCGAGAUAUUAAACCAAAUGUAUUUCAAUUACAAUUGUAGCGCACUUAACAUUAGGUCCCAGUGUCGCGGGCGUUAAAUCGGGAGCUCAAUCAAAAAAAAGAGCGGAGUGACUAAGAGAGUCGCGCUCAGAGACGUAGUUUAUAUUUUGGAGCACACUGGAGAACUUCCGAAAACUAUUAAUGACCCCCUUUAUCGCCACCACUGUGCGGUAAAGCAGCCAAGCGCCGUUAUCAUCGCGGAUUUGAAAACACAGCAGCGCCAGCGACGCGGACAUUGUGCAAACUGACGUCCCCGGGGGCAGUCGCUCAGAUCGGUUGAGAAACACGGCUAUAAAUCAAAUCAGGUGGCCAGGAUUAACAGCUAAGAACAAAGUUACACCUUGAAGUACCUCUAAUGGCUUCGGAAAACCAAGAAAAACGGGGCGAGCAGGGGGUUCAGGCCAGGGUGCCGGACCUCAACUUUGUGCGCGACAAACUACAGAAGUUCCAGUCAAAAAUGUUGCAGGAUUUCGAGCAGCGGCUGUCCUGCAUGGUGGAGGAUGUCCUGCAGGAUCUCCGGCAGCGGGAGCUGCGGGCGCACGAGUUCCCCAACUUUGAGAGAUCGGAUCGGAAGAGCACUUGGCAUAAUCGCGUGACCAAACAAACACAAUCAGACGUCAGCGACUCGCCAAAUGGCCAUGCAAAUGACACAGAAUCAAGGCCUCCGCUCCAAGCCGAAAAAUCUGGACAAAAACAGAGACGACGACAACUGCCCGAAAAAGUCUUCGUCGCCCGGGAAUCUUACCUCACCGCUCUGCUGCAGGUGGAGCACAUGCGCACCAUCUACCACAUCUUCUACAUUAUUCUGGUCAUGUUCCUGCUGAACGUGAUCUGCCACGACUACUUCGUGGAGGGGCGGAUCGACCUCGGGCUGGGCACCUUCCGCGGCGGACUGCGCCGGCUCCACUGGGUAUUUGGAGUCUGGCUGCUGGAGCACGUCUUCGUCCUGGCGCUCUACUUCGCCUUCCGCGGAUGGGCUCUGGUGAGGCACAAGCUGAAACCGCAUAGUUCACUCCAGCGUUUCUGGUCGCAUAGCUGCCUGAUCCUGUACAUCAGCUCCCAGCUGGUGUUCUGCUUCGUGUCCACAUCUCUCUGCCUGAAGUUCAACCUGCCCUUCGUAAGUGCCUGUGUUUUGUUGCUGGAGAGUACUCGACUCCUCAUGAAGAUGCACGCUUUCGUGAGAUACAACGCCGAACGGGUUAUAAAAGGAAAGGCCAAGAAAGAUGACGCGGCGGAGGAGGGAAAUGAAAAGGAGGCCACUGGACGACCCUUUGUGCCGCCAUUUAGUUGCUACACCUACUUCCUGUUCGCACCCACACUCAUCUACCGAGAUAGCUAUCCGCGCACAUCGCACAUCCGCUGGAAGUUCGCUCUUAAUCGCCUUCUGGAGGUGGUAGCCAUAGCCUUCCUGUACGCCUUCAUCCAUGAGCGGCACAUCGACGCGCACUUCGGGCAGUACGGCCUGGAGCCUAUGGGGCCCUCGCAGUUGAUCCUUAAGCUGUUCGGAAUGAUGCUGCCCAGCGCUGUGAUCUUCCUGUGUGGAUUCUACCUCAUCCUGCACUCGUGGCUGAACUUCACGUCGGAGCUUCUACGCUUCGGCGAUCGAAUGUUCUACAAAGAUUGGUGGACGUCGCACACGUACGACGGUUACUACAGAAACUGGAACGUUGUGGUGCACGACUGGUUGUACGAGUACGUGUACAAGGAUAUGUAUAGUCAUGUGUUCCGGGGAUCUAAGGUGGCCGCCUCGCUGUCGGUGUUCAUGAUCUCCGCGUUGGUGCACGAGCAGGUUCUCGGAUUCGCCCUGCAAAUGUUCUUCCCGGUGAUGUUCUUCUUUUUUGGCAUCGUGGGAGUUGCCCUGGUCUUCCUCAUGCGCAGUGCUCCCAAAGUGCUGGGCAACAUCUUCCUGUGGUUCUCGCUGAUCCUGGGCAACGCAUCGCUUAUCUCACUGUACGCCAUGGAGCACUAUGCGUUGAAGAACUGCGAUCUGAGCCGGCAAAGCUGGUCGGAUUACCUGCUGCCGGCGGCUUGGCGCUGCUACAAUUAGUCAAUUAUUUAA